AUGUCGUCGCGCUUUCCUCCUUCUUCCGGGUUUCCUCCCCGCGACCGCUCUCCCCAGCGCUACCCUGACCGCCGUCCGUCGCUGCCUCCAGGUCCACGCGAUGACCCGAACUUGACUCCCCUAGGCCGUGAGCCUCCGCGAGGUCCCAAGGCCCUCAUUGACUCCUCCCGUGGAGGCUCCUUUGGCGGUCGGGGCCGAGGAUAUCCCCCACGGGGCGACUUUCGCGACCGGGAUAGGGAUCGGGAUCGUGACCGUGACAGAGAUCGAGACCGUGACCGUGAACGUGACCGUGACUUUCGUGACGUGAGAGAUGGCCCGCCAUUCCGUCGCGAUCCAGACCGUGAUUGGGGCCGGAGGGAUCGUGAUUUCGAUGCCCGCGACUCCCGUGUCGGCUUCAGACGUUCUCGAUCACCAGCACGAGACUUUCGAGAUGCUCGUGACCCCGGUGGCCGGGAUAGCGACAUCGUUCGAAUGCGUCGAAAUUCCCGCGACAGUCUAGUUUCAACCUCCUCGAAUCCACCUGAUGGUCCCGCCGCCGGCAUUGGCCCUCCACCCCGGGGUGGUCCAGGCCGUGGCCGUGGUCGUGGCGACUGGGACGGCGGUCGGGGUCGAGGUCGCGGCCCGUAUCCGGACGACCGAGACACCUUCCGCCGCAGAAGUCGAUCGCGCGACGGCUGGUGGGAUCGAGAUCGUGAUCGCGAUCGGGACAGAGAUUUCCGAGACCGGGAUAGAGAUCGCGACAGAGAUCGUGACCGAGACCGAGAUCGAGACAGAGACAGAGACAGGGACCGCGACCGAGACCGCGACAGGGACUUCGACCGAGAUCGCGAUCGAGACCGAGACAGGGAUUUCGACAGACGUGACCGGUUCGACCGACGAGAUGAUGAGGAUAGACGUCCAGAGCGUGACGACCGUGAUCGCCCGGCGGAUCUGUGGAAGAAAGAUGGCCCUCCCAGCAGAGCGGAAAUCCGCACCGUCAGCGGACCGGCCAGCUCGUCGACCGCUCCAUCCGCUCCAUCCGGCGCAGCACGGACUGACGGUAAGCCUUCCGAUCAGACGGGCGCAGAUCAAGCUCGAAAACCGUCGACAUCCUCCGGUCCUAGCACACGAGAUCCUCGACGGGAUCUUGAUCGAGCAGACCUUCCUCCCGCUCGAGCAGAGGCGAUCAAAGAAUCGCCCGCUCCCAGUCGUUCUCCUCCACCGUCCGCCCCGCAAGUGCCCGCAUUUGGCUCAGUUGCGCUCCCUCCGCCGCCCCCAGCAGCAGAUAAGGCGUCCCAGGCAGCCACAGCCCCUGCACCGUCGUCCGCCAAAAAUGACAAGAGUCGCAGCCCGCCCACGACGGCGAUGCAGCCACCGACAGGCCCUAAAGCCGAUCGCGCAGAAGCUCCAUCCCAUCCUGAGCCUCGGAAUCGACGAGACAGCGUAUCCGACUCGUGGACUAAGCAGGAGACUCCGGUUCGCCCUUCGAAGCCGCCGCCCACGGCCCCUGCCAGUUCCGCCGCCAAGCAUGGGCCCGACCAUUCUCCACCCACUGCUCCCGCAUCCGUGUCUGGUCGAGACGUGGGCCCUCCAGAAUCACGUCCCCAUGAUGGACCGUCGACCACGUCUCCUCCCAGCGGGCCGGCUUCCUCUUCGACUUCUCCUGGACUCACUCGCGCGCAGCUGCCCGCCAUGGGUCGUGGUGGAUCGCCCGGGCCCCAAACUUCUCCUCGCAUGUCAUUCUCCAGCGUGCCUACGGGCCCUCGCGCCCUUCAGCAACGAGGGCUUCCUGCACCGCGGGGGCCGCCCAAGGGCAGUAAGCAAUGGGUGCGGCCGGGAUAUAACCGUGGACCACCCUCAACUAACGCACCCUCUGGUCCUCGGCGGGAGUCGCGGGAAGAGAAAGAUCGUAAUGCUGCGGCUCUUGACGAUAUAAAACCGGAGACUCGCCCGUCUGAAGAAGGUCCAGAAUCCAAAGGGAUAGAAGCUGCAGAGGCUGCGAUCGACAGCAACAAAGUACCUACGGAUGCUGCCUCACCGGCGCCGGUAGAGACGGAAGAACCGAAGCCGGUCGACGCUACGGAGGAAUCAACUCUCAUCCCGGACUUUACCCGCUCCAGUGAUGAGGAGGAUGAGAAUGUGGUCUUUACGGAGGAAUAUCUCAACGAGAGGAAAGAGAUCUUUGAAAAGGACAUGCGGGCCUUGCAGGCAGAAAUGCCACCUCCGACUCUGCAGGACCCGACCAUUGUCCAAUUACUAAUGAAAAUCCAGCUGCUGGGCAUGAUCGCAGACGGCACUGUGCUUGAAGAGCCUGAACCAACCGCAGAGCCCAUGGAUGUGGAUCAUGACGCAAAGGAUCUCGCUUCAUCGCAAGCGGUGGCCAAGACGGAGAAGGAUGUUGAGGAGGAUCUGACGCCCCCUAGUAAGGAGGAUAUUCCUCCAGCCUCCGCUGCCGAUGAUGCCGCCUCCGUGGAGAGUUUGCCAUUCUUGAAUCCCGGGCCUCCAACGCCCCUGUCCGAUCUUGAGGUCUUUCAGGAAAUAUCAAGACUCACGAACGCAUCAA